GAGCCCAGGUGCCGGCGGCGGGCAGGAGGCGCCCAGGAUGUCCCUCUGGCCUCUGCUCUUGCUGUGGGCGCUGGUCCCCGCGACGACAUGCGGUCCCAGCCGGUCCUACCCGCACCACACGGUGCUGGACCCCGAGGGCGGGUACCGGCUGCGCUGGGGCCGGCAGGGCAGCCAGCUCGCUUUCCGCCUCGAGGUGCGCACCGCCGGCUACGUGGGCUUCGGCUUCUCGCCCGCGGGGACCAUGGCCGCGGCCGACAUCGUCGUGGCCGGGGUGGACCGCGGGCGCCCCUACCUCCAGGACUAUUUUACAAAUGCAAAUAAAGUGUUGGAAAAAGAUACCCAGCAAGAUUACCAUUUAGAAUAUGCCAUGGAAAAUAGCACACACACAAUAAUUGAAUUUACCAGAGAACUGCACACAUGUGACAUCAAUGAUAAGAGUAUCACGGAUAGCACGGUGAGAGUGAUUUGGGCCUACCACCAUGAAGAUGUGGGGGAAGCUGGUCCCAAGUACCAUGAGUCCAAUCGGGGCACAAGGAGUCUGCGGUUAUUGAACCCUGAGAAAGCCAAAGUGUUAUCUUCAGCCUUACCAUACUUCGACCUGGUAAAUCAAGACGUCCUCAUCCCAAACAAAGGUACAACGUACUGGUGCCAAAUGUUUAAGAUUCCUGUGUUCCAAGAGAAGCAUCAUGUAAUAAAGGUUGAGCCAGUGAUUCACAGGGGCCACGAGAGCCUGGUCCACCACAUCCUGCUCUACCAGUGCAGCAGCUCCUUCAACGACAGCGUUUUGGAUUAUGGCCAUGAGUGCUACCACCCAAACAUGCCAGAUGCCUUCCUCACCUGUGAGACCGUGAUUUUUGCCUGGGCCAUCGGUGGAGAGGGUUUUUCCUACCCACCUCAUGUUGGGUUAUCCCUCGGCACUCCGUUGGAUCCUCACUAUGUGCUUCUAGAACUCCAUUAUGACAAUCCCACACAUAAGAAAGGUUUGAUAGAUAGUUCUGGGCUGAGGUUUUACCAUACAACGGAUAUAAGGAAAUAUGAUGCUGGAGUGAUUGAGGCUGGCCUCUGGGUGAGCCUCUUCCACACCAUCCCCCCGGGGAUGUCUGAGUUCCGCUCUGAGGGCCACUGCACACUGGAGUGCCUAGAAGAGGCUCUGGAAGCUGAGAAGCCAAGCGGCAUCCACGUGUUUGCUGUCCUGCUCCACGCUCACCUGGCUGGCAGAGGCAUCCGGCUGCGACAUUUUCGCAAGGGGGAGGAGAUGAAGCUGUUGGCUUAUGAUGAUGACUUUGAUUUCAAUUUCCAGGAGUUUCAGUAUCUGAGGGAAGAGCAAACCAUUUUACCAGGGGACAACCUAAUUACGGAGUGUCGCUACAACACAAAGGAUAGAGUUGGGAUGACUUGGGGAGGACUAAGCACCAGGAAUGAAAUGUGUCUCUCCUACCUUCUUUAUUACCCAAGAAUCAACCUCACCCGCUGUGCCAGCAUCCCGGAUAUCAUGGAGCAGCUGCAGUUCAUUGGCGUGAAGGAGAUCUACAGGCCUGUCACGACAUGGCCUUUCAUUAUCAAAAGCCCAAAACAGUACAGAAAUCUUUCUUUCAUGGAUGCGAUGAACAAGUUUAAGUGGACUAAAAAGGAAGGGCUGUCUUUCAAUAAGCUUGUCCUUGGCCUGCCGGUGAACGUGAGAUGUUCCAAGACUGACAAUGCAGAGUGGUCGAUUCAAGGGAUGACGGCAUUACCACCAGAGAUCAAACGACCCUACAAAGCAGAACCUGUGGUGUGUGGCACAUCAGCGUCCUCUCUCCUGCAGGGAACAAUUUCUCUGGUGUUGCUCACGUGUGCCCUCUGCUUGCCAGCGUGCUGAACACCCAGUGCUUGUGAUCAGCAGUACUUGGUGACCCAAGCUUCUGGGAUCUGAGCCUAUCAUUGAGAGCCCGUGUGAAAGACUGCGUCCACUUUGGGCUUGAAGAGAUGGCUGUGAAGAGUAUGGAGGCCUUCGUCAUAUACUCCUUUCCUCCCUGCCCUCUCCUUCCAGACACCUCAAAGAUGGCACCAGGCUUCUCAAUUUUUCCUCAGAAUUAUUUGAUGGUCUGUGGAGAUGGAUAAUAAAAUUUGUCCUUACUUAAUAAUGGUUAAAAAUUGGAUAAGGUUGACAGGAAACAAUUUUAAUUCUUUUUACAUUACGUGUUAUUUAAAUGCUCAUUGUUCAACUUGGUGUAUCUCUUGGUCAGAAUGCUUUUAUUUUUACCAUAUUAAAGAAACUAUUAUUCAGUUUUCGGUUCGUCUUCCUCCUCUGCUUCCUCCUUCUCCUCCUCCUUCUUUCUUCAGGUGUAAUUUUCCAAGUGUAACCCCAGUCCUGUCUUUAACUGUCUGUUUCUGACCUUCCCGUGACUUACUCAUGAAAGCCCCACCUCAGCGACGUCUCAUGCUCCUUAGUCUCCUCGCUCCCCUAAGUCUGUUGGAACCCAAACCCAUCUCAGGGUUUCCCCUCUUCUUUGCUCAGUACUUCCCAGUUGAACUUUGCCUGAAGCUUGAUCACUAACAAAAGAGAAAAUGAUUUUGAUAAGUGUAGACAUGAUUGUGGUGACUGGGGGCUAGGGAGAAAAUGGAACUGGCUGGCAACCUGGUGAGGGCCCCUGGGGGACCCCAGGUCCAAGCGGGCCCGUGAGCUGGCCCAGGAGAGGGCGAGUCAGUGUCGCCCCAUUUGGUGUUUCCCACUGGCUCAGUUUGAGUCAUGGUUGUUGUUACAGAUUUAUUUUUAUAUCAGUUAAUAAACUAACUUUCAAUAUAAAGUUGCCACCAAGUGAAAAAUCUCAUUCUUCUGUCUCUUUUUGUUAUAGUACAGCCAGAUUUUGUUUAUGUCCAGUUUUCAUUUUUAAGCUAAACCUGUUUGGCUCAUAUCAAUAAACUAAAUGAAAUUAAA